AGAGACUCAGAUGCGGUUGACUGCAGAGGAGCAGUCGGGUGGAGAUAUUUGAGCGGUUAUGGGGCCACUAGUUUGCAUGUGGCUCACUUUCUGUGGGACGUAUUGUGUACCCAUAAUCUCACACUAGUCACACACUACGGAACAGGAAGUUUUCAGCCAUAGGAUUUAUUUUCGUUUGUAACCUGGGACAGUGCGGAGUGCAGUCCGGAGGUGUGGAUUUUUUGAACUUCACACAAGCUUCCGUUCUGGCUGACCCUUAUGUGUCAGAGGAGUCAGGACUUCUCCCCUGGAGGGAUCCGUCCUGUCCAGCGAUUAAGGCGUCCAGGGCUCUGUGUCCUGCUGUGUCUGAUGAUGACCUGGGUGACCCCCACUGCAGGCUGGGAUCACCACAUGCUUGAGGUGCAGAACACAGUCCAACGUGGUCCCAACAGAGACCUGCAGUUCUUCCAGACCACCCUGUUUAACGGAGACGUCGUUUUCCACUGCCAGAGUCCCACACUGACAGACCGGCCGAGACAGGAGUGGGUGAAGGACACAUUCAGCGCGAAGGAACUCCAGAACAAAAACAAGUUCUGUGUGAGGCAGUUCUAUGAGCACCUGCAGUGGUUUGAGGAGAUCGAUAGACACAUCAAUGGGACUGCAGAGAUUCUCCAGAGACGACGUGGCUGCAUGGUCAACAGCUCGGGACUCUUUCCAUUCGACCAGUGGGGUGUCAACGGAGAGGCCUUCCUGACCUUUGACCUCCACACUCUGACAUGGACGCCCCAAACUGAACACGCAGCCUCGGCAGCGGUGGAGUGGAACCAGCUGGAUCUGAAGAACCAGAUCAGGAACCACGUGUACGGAGACUUCUGUCAGACUGCGUGUCGCACGUCCCACAGCUUGGCCAAGAGAGAGAUGCAAGUGCAGGUCCAGAGAGCAGUGCACGCAGAUAUGGAGGUGCAUGUUUUCACCAAACCCAUCCCAGACAGUACUGACACAGACCUCAAGUGUCACGUGACUGGCUCUGACCUAUCAGGCGUGAGGAUCCAGUUGACUAAAGAUGGGGUUCCUCUGGAUGGAGAGGUGAAUCUGACCGGACCUCUUCCCAACGGAGACGGAACCGUUCAGAUGAGGGCCCAUGUCAGGGUUCCGCUGGCACCAAAGGACACAGAGGCUUACCAGUGCUACGCCCACAGAGACCCCAAUCAGACUACAGUCGCAUGGGAUGUACAAACAGUGGAUAAGAAGUCUGCCUCCUCAUCAAAGCCCCUGGAUCACGACCGCAACACUGUCGGUGGUGUGCUGGUGUGCACAGUGGGUCUAGUAGCCGUUGUUGUGUAUGCGUUGAUAAGACUGAACGUGCAGAAACUGACAAACAUUCGCUGUGUAUCCGUUGAGCGGCAGAUCAGAUUGUAUCUCCAGUUUGUCUUAUCCGAUGAUGAGUAUGACAGAUGGAUGAAGAUUGCUGAUAACUUCUAUGGAAAAUACCAAAUGGCUUUGAAACGCACCCGACUGUAAUCACGGAACCAGGAAAACCAUCUCAUGGAAACAUUUAUUUUGAGAACGGCUCGUAUUUUUGUGAUUUAUUCUUAAUUGUUUUAUUAUUCAAUUUGCUAGCUGAUAAUUGGCUGAUGCAUUUGUGUAAGGUGCUGUAUAAUGACUAGAGACCAAACAUUGCACUUUACUAUGACUACUAUGAGCAGCUUUAACUUAAUUGACUUGAGUUAGGACACCAACAAUGAAGCUUUUGAGAGGAAGGGUGUUUUAAGAUUAUGAGGCCGGCAAGUUUACAAAAGAUCAGGCGAAUUAAGUGUCAGAGGCAACAUUUGGAGUUGGAUCCACUACAUGACUGGUGAUGAAUUUCAUUGAAGUAGCACUGAGGUGAUCAGGAGGUGAUGAAAGGAGAGUCAGUCUUGUGGUGGAUGGAGGUCUUAUUUCUUACAGUCAGGUGACUUGAUGUCCGGGACCAAAACCGGGGACAUAAUCCCCAAAAAAUUGAAAAAACAGAGACAUUUUCAGUUUGACUAUCAAUCUGAUUGAACUACACAAGUUUUAUCUUCAAAAAAACGGGGACAUAGUUUUUCUGUAUUUUCCCGGGGACAGGCAACCAAAAACGGGGACUGUCCCCUGAAACCGGGGACGUCUGGUCACCCUAUCCUACAAUACUGUGACGUGUUUUAUGGAGGGAAGGGGGUCUGUGCUGCAGGACAGCAUCGAUUAGGGACCCGUUGUGGGACAAGUAUACUGUAACCGAAGCACUGAUGAUGAAGCAGGUUGUCCCCUGUGGAAUGCUCACAAGAGUGGGUGCUUCCUGCUAUUUUACAGCAUCAAGUAUUCUGUUUUAUUAUUACAUUACAGUCAGUAGUGCACACUGCACUGAUUUGCACGUUGUACUUUGGCGACACACCCUUUAGCUUUGUAUGUUAGUAUGCAUUAUAAAGUAUGUAUACUUUAUGUAGUAUGUAUUGCAUUGACCCCUCACCCUGGGUAGUGAUAUUCUAUUGCAGUGACCCUUUAACCUGGGUAGUGAUAUUCUAUUGCAAUAACCCUUUAACCUGUGAUAUUCUAUUGCAAUGACCCUUUAACCUGGGUAGUGAUAUUCUAUUGCAAUGACCCUUUAACCUGGGUAGUGAUAUUCUAUUGCAUUGACCCUUUAACCCGUGAUAUUAUAUUGCAUUGACCCUUUAACCUGGGUAGUGAUAUUCUAUUGCAAUGACCCUUUAACCUGGGUAGUGAUAUUCUAUUGCAGUGACCCUUUAACCUGGGUAGUGAUAUUCUAUUGCAGUGACCCUUUAACCUGGGUAGUGAUAUUCUAUUGCAGUGACCCUUUAACCUGUGAUAUUCUAUUGCAAUGACCCUUUAACCUGGGUAGUGAUAUUCUAUUGCAAUGACCCUUCAGCAUUAUAUAAUUAAUCUGUCGUCUGUGCCAGCUGUGGUAUGUUGCAAUAUUGACAUUUUAGCCUGGUUAGCCUGCUAGCCUAGCCUGGCUAGCGCCUACCACUCCUCAAUGAGACGUGGUCUGGCAACCAAACGGUCAUCUUCUCGUAUUUGAAAAAAAUGCUCAGAUCCGUUCAUUGAGCGCUACGGAUGUCUAUCAAAUGCAUCUGUGCAUAGCUCAUCAUCGUCUUGCUUUCCCCCCUGUUCUGUGAUUGGUCCCCUAUCUGAGGCAAAAAUUAGGGCGGUAGUUUCCAGGCUGAAUCCCGCAUGAAUCAAAUCGCGUGCAAGGCAAAAUGGGAAUACCCAGGCUACUGCUAGCCAGCGGUAUGCUAUAUUAAAAGGGGUAGCCAGUGAUAUGCUAUAUUAAAAUGCAAAAUGAUGAAGAGAAUUGUGUUUGUUAAGCUAUGAUGGAGCCAGAUGAGGUGUGUGUGUGUGUGUGUUUGUAGGUGAGAGAGUGAGAGAGAGAGAGAGAGAGAGAGAGAGGGAGAGUUCACCAUUCUAUGAGGCCCUCAUAGCUGAUUGUGUAGUCCUGAAAUAUACUGUAUCUAGUUUAGUAAUUCUGAAUUACUAUUAAAUAUGUGUCUGAACCUUUAUAUGUGGUAAUGGUUCUUUGUUUUAACUAUGUUAUAAGUCCUAAGCUAAUUCUACGCACAUAUUACUCUGUUCUUGAACGGUGACUAUAUAGGGCAUGGAUGGUAUUGGAUCACUUGUGAUCUAUUAAACAGACAAAAUAAAGAAGCAUUUGUCCUGUACGAAUAAACUGAAGGUUCUUAAAUAAAGCUGCACAA